UGUAGUGUUUGGGGUACAAAAUCAGUUUUUCAGUAUGCAUACAUGUGUACUACAUAAAAAUAAUCAGUAUUUAGAAGAAUGUGCCUCUGUAUUAAAUGAAGAAUGGCCUCGGAGUAAAACUGCAAGAAUACAUUCCUUGGAAAAAUCCUGUGAUAAAUAUCCUGUGAAUUUAGUUCUUGUCAAUGAUGAAGACUUACCUGUUGGUCAUAGUCGGUUGUCUAUAGUAGUUGGGAGAGAAAAAUCUUGCUUUGUUGAAUCAGUCGUUGUGAAGAGGUCCCUGCGAGGUAAAGGUCUUGGAAAACUACUAAUGCAAGAAACAGAAAAUUUUGCAAGAAGUGAAGGAUUUGAGACAAUGUAUCUGAGUACCCAUGAUAAACAAGAUUUUUAUCAACAUGUGGGUUACAGCUUUUGUAAACCAGUUGUCAGUUGUGGAAUACAACCUUCAAAUAUACCAGAUAGCUUUUUGAACAAAUUGGCAGGGGCAACAUUAGAUGACAAUCUGAGUCAACAAAACAGAUUAAAUACUAAAAGCAAAGACAAUUCUUGUGAAACUGCAUUUACCAGAUCAUCAGUGACAAGCCCUGUUGAUGCUCCGUCAAUACCUCCACCACCAAGGGCACCUGCUCCACCACCGCCACCCCCUGCAGUACCUAACCCACCAGUAGCCAAUACAAUAGGAAAUAAAUCUAGCACUGACUCAAAUUCAGAAAUAUCAAAGUGGGAUCCAAGAGAAAUAUCAUGGAUGAACAAGAAUAUAAUAUGACAAGAAUAGUGUUAUUUAAAACUGUCCGUCCAUCUUUAUUGUUCCUGUGCAAUAUAUUAUUUAUCUUCA